AGGUGGUAUAGUGUUGAUGAUGAUGAUGACGAUUGUGAUGGAGGUGUUAAUUAAAUGUCGUUCCUUUUUUGCAGGUCGAGGUGCGUGGCUUCUCAGCCUCUACGCCAGCCGAAAGUCCUGGGACCCCAGACAAGACGUCGGUCUCUUCGUCAUCCAGCAGCUCCCAGCAGCAGAAGAAGCUGUCCUCGUCGAGUAGCCACGACGACGGGCGGAGGGAGAGCAGCUGCCACAGCCAUGACAGUCGCCACAGCUACCAGAAGAGUCGGCCUGAGAUGUCCCGAGAGCAGAGCCAGCAUCACCGUGACCGUUCCAUGUAUGAUAGUGACUAUCGUAGCCCGGCCGCUAGUGACAGGCUCUAUCACCCUCUAGACGACUAUGGUGACAGGAAAUACCCUUCAGGCUAUGACAAUCGUAAUGCCCACGGCCAGCGAGGCAGUAACCAAUAUGGUGGCCCAGGCCCAGACUAUCGAGGGCCGAACCCAGGACAAUAUGGUGGCAGUAGAGACUACAGAGGACCGAAAUCUUACGACCAACGCAACCGAGGAGGGGGAGGAGGUGGUGGACCACCGAACCGUGGUUUUGACCCCAACUGGCGCAACAACCGCGGGGGAGGACGGGGGAACUAUGGUGGGAAUUCUGGUUACCGUGGCGGUUACCGUAGCAACUACUAUUGAUGACAAACUGUCCGUCUGUCCGUGUGUCUGUUUGUGAUAAUGUCUGCAAGGAUUGUUGACUCACAUACAUACAUAACAUACACACGCAUGCAAGCGCACAGAGGCACACCUACAUGAUCACAUACACAUACAUACAUGCACUCCUUCGUUAUUGUCACAUAUACACCCUGCUCGUGCAUACUGUGUAUAGCAUAAUCCUGGGCCAUCUAUACAUUUAGCUUUCUGUUUGUCUUGUCUGUCUGUGACUCGCCCCUCCUUCACCUGCCCUUCAUGGACCAGUGACUCAUGGUGUGUGUAUAUGUGUAUUCACACCUAUGUGUAUAUAUAUAUAUAUAUAUAUAUAUAAGUAUAUAUAAGUAUAUAUAUAUGUGUGUGUGUGUAAAUAUAUGCAUGUGUAUGUAUGUGUAUAAACACUUAUAUGCAAGUGAUGGUAUGUGUGUGCGUGCGUACAUGUCUGCAUUGGCACUAUACACAGGUGGUUAAAUCAUGGGUAUAUAUGUGUGUGUAUGUGCAUAUACACUCGCAUAUGUAUAGUUAUAGUAAUCAUUCACACAUGCAUACAUACAGCUUGAUUCUACCAUACAUAUACAUAUAUAUAUGUAUGUAUAUAUAUGUGUGUGUAUGUGUGUAUAUAUAUAUAUGAAAUACAGUGAGAGGUGUGUGUGUGUGUAUAUAUGUGUCUAUAAGGAUUCAUAUGUGUUCGUUGAUAUGUAUGUGCCUGUAUAUAUAUAUAUAUGUAUGUAUGUAUGUAUGUAUAUAUAUAUAUAUAUAUAUAUACAUGCACAUAUAUAUGCGUGUGUGUGUGUGAUUUAAUCUCAUUCAUCUCUCUCCUCCAUGAAACAGACACAUACUA